AUGAGCAACACGGCGAACUCGAAGAUGAGCAUGCACAACAACGAGGACGUGGAGGUGGUGUACAGCCCGCCCUCGACCACGAGGGAGUUCCCGAUCAACCUCGAGCACAUGCUCGUGCUCAGGGACACCAUGAAAGCGUACAAGAGGUGUGGCGGCAGGAUCACGGCCUCGGACGUCAGCCCGGAGACAGACGGGGACGGACUCAACUCCGGCAGGAUGUACACCAUGUGCAUCUACCCGCCGAUCGUGGGCCACGCCGUGUCCGUCAACGGGGUCUUGUCCGUGUGCGAGGCCGCGUACGGGGAGGAGCAACCCUCCGACAUGAUGGCCGCGGUCAGGAUGACGAACCUCACCAGCCUCAAGUGGGUAGUCAGCGAUACGACCGGGUGCAUCACUCCGGUUGCGGUCGGCAGGCUGAACAGCUCCAUGAUGACGAGGGCGAGCCUGGUCUACGAGAGGGUCGGGCCUCUGACCGCGUACAACAACCACGCCGUGUGCGAGGCGGCAGGCCACACCAUGAACAGCUCCUUCUGGCAGAACAUGUACCCAAUCUUGGACGACGUCGAGUGCCACUACGGGCUCUACGGCUUGAUGCACGACAACACCGUGAUCUCGUUGGGGAGCGCGGCCGGGUCCGACAUCGAGCCCAACCUCGAGGAGAGGGAGCCGAAGAGGGAGCAGGGCGGGUUCUUGGACAUGUGCUUCACCCCGCAGUCGAAGUCGAGCGGGAAGGUGAGGGCGCUCACGAUCGGGGCCUCCGUCAGGAUCAUGACCAAGCGCACGAUCGACAUCGCAUGCGACAUCCUGUCCGUACUCAGGUUCGGCAACGGCAUCGGCCGCAGGGACUGGGUCGUGAGGUGCAUGGGCUUCUGCUGCACGGUGGCGGAGAGGGACGUGAGGAAGCUCGUGGACAGGUGGAAGACCUACUGCGAGCCCAACAUGCCGACCAUGCACGUAUUCAAGGACGCGAAAGUGGCCAACCUCUCGCUGGCGACCGGGGUCAUCAUCAGGCCCAUGCGUACGGUCGUGGAGUCGGAUAAGUUCGUGGUGCAGGGCCCGUGUGUGGACAGCGUCUCAGUGCACAACUCGGACACGAUGGAGUUCGCGAACUUGUCCUUCCCCAGCCGCGAGAUGGAGCCCGAGCAGUACUUCAACGCCGCGAUCCUGACCAUCCCCUUCGCCGCGUGGACGGCCGACCCCAGGCUCAACCUCGGGAUGCAGAUGCUGAGGCAGGGCAUGUCCCUCUCUCGGAUCAGCGGCGACGCCACCAUCGUGUCCCACGGCGAGGUGGAACCCUUGGUCAAGACCCCACUCACGGACCUGAUCAUGGCGAAGUCCAAGGGUGCGAAGUUGGUCUCCGUCCCCGGCGUGCAGCUCGUCACGGCGUUCGUGAACAGGUCGAUGAACAUGGAGGAUGCCUGCUCUGUGUCCAAGGACCUGGCCGAGUCCGGCAUCUUCGCCUGGAGCGGGUACAUCAACUACCCCCUGCCCUCGAACCCGGGCCCGAUGAAGAUUGGCAUGAAGAUGAUCGACAAGGACUGGUGGAAGCCUGGCAUCGACGGCACGCUCGCGGAGGUGAGGAUGAGCAAGGUGGGGGACUCGCACGCGGUCGUCCACGUGGGGUCGAAGAAGCUGGAGGUCGGAGACAAGCUCGGCGUCUCGCACGGCCUCAAGUUCACGGUCGGGGAGCUGAUCCCACUCGCGGACAUGCCCAGGAUCGUGAACGAGACCACAGGCGAGGUUGUGGUGCCGAACCUACUCAUCUCCACGAAGAACCUCACGCGCGGGCUCGGAGGCACGAUCAGGGAGAUGGCCGCCAUCACGAACCUCUUUCCGUCCAUCGCCGCGUUCAGGAACUGGUCCGGCCACAAGCCCACGAAGACGUACACACUCGAGAAGCAGAAGGAGGUCGAGCCUAAGCUGCCGUCCGGCGUCCUGAUGGCGAACGGGAAGGAGCUGCGGUUCAAGGACCAGAAGGUGGGGAUGAGGACGGUCAAGGCCACGUACGGGAUCAUGCGCGUGUUGCAGCUCAGGCACGUGGCCUCGUUGAAGCACCACUACGCGUCCACGGACUUCAGGUCGGUCACGGUCCCGAGGGGGAGGUACAGGCAGGGUACGCCCAGGCUCUCGGAGGGGGAGCUGGUCUCGAUGAUGAUGCAGAACAUGCCCUCGCUGCAGCAGGCUCGUGAUCAACUGUGA